UUUUUUUCGCUCACCAAGCGAAGAGUUUGUGUAUGGGAGGUCAUGAGAGUGUCGAAUUUGGUUAACAAAAUUUGAAUGGCUUAUUUGAUACGUGAGGCUUAUUUAAAAUAAUAGAAAUGUCGUAAUACUUAGCUUAUUACGAGUUUACUGAUAUAAGUAGAACACGUGACAUCCCGGCAACUUUGAUAAAAAAAAAACUUUAUAUCGGAAUCGUGCCCGUUUUCACACGCGCAUCUGUCCUCCCAUUGGCUAGAAUGGUUCCAACUGAUCUUGCCUACUUCCGACUGCCUUCUAUUUUAAAUACAUUUCUUUUCAUUGUUAGAGUGGCCACUUGAGUAUCUGGUCAACGAUGGAUCAUCUGUGGUAUCCAUCUGGGAAAAGGCUGUAUGGACACUCCUGACCGGCAAAUUGAUAUUUAAUUUCAGAAUCGGUUAAAAUUAGGUUACGGUAAGGGUUAAGGGUUUGGUUAAAGUAAGGGUCAGUUUUAGAUUUUAGUUAGUCGUUUGCAGGUCAGCAGUGUCCUUAGGUCUCUCCCAUAGAUCUGAGGAACAGAGAGGAGAGGGGCAGGAUUCUGAGGUGAGGUAGAGAGAGACAGAGAGGGGAGCCGAGGUUGAUCGCUACAACAAGACAACUCAGUCAGGACGGAAUAAGCUGCUAGAGACUGCGGGGUCUGGGAAGGAAAUCUGUCGCAGGGGACGAAAAAGGAGUGAAAGUGUUUCUGUUGCUGGAUGGACUUGUAUUUUUAUAUCGCAACUUAGUUUUCCCUUUUCCUCUCCUUUCCCUUCCACCGCCCUAACGGAUCGUAUUCCGCGGAGCAGCUGCGCUUUAAUGCCCCUGCGCAUUCUAGGAGGAGAAGGAGAGAAGAGCGAGGAAGAAGGAGUACAGAGGGAGGGAGAAGGAGAGCAGAGGCCUGACUUCUCGGAAACCGCUCCGCCGCCCCUCACGCCUCUCCCCCGUGGCUGUCUGUCCCCUCUUCCCUCCUGGCCCUGUAUGGACGGGGAUGGGGAGAGCCGGAUGUUGUUACCGCGGGGCUGAACGCCUCGCAUCCCCACCGAGGGUGCCCCGCUUGCGGCCGUUGCUGGUGCUGCUCCUUGCUCUCUGCUACGGGGCUCAUAGAGGUGGUCAUUGCCAGGUGGCCACCCCUCAGUGUCAUAUCCAGAAGUGCACCACAGACUUUGUGUCCCUGACGUCUCACCUGACCCCAGCGCUGGAUGGCUUUGACUUAGAAUUCUGUAAGGCUCUGAGGUCCUACAGCGCCUGCACCCAGAGGACAGCCAAGUCCUGUAGGGGUAACCUGGUCUUCCACUCUGCUGUCCUGGGCAUCUCAGACCUCAUGACCCAGAGAAACUGCUCCCGUGACGGGCCCACCUCCUCCACACACCCCGAGAUGCAAUCAGAGCCCUGCAACUACCACAGCCGCACCCAGCACGCUCACACACACCCUCACACACACACUCACACGCCACCAGUGUACCUGUUCUGCGGGCUGUUCGGGGACCCCCACCUGCGGACGUUUAAGGACAGCUUCCAGACCUGCAAGGUGGAGGGGGCGUGGCCACUUAUUGACAACGACUACUUGUCCGUGCAGGUGACCAACGUUCCAGUGGUGACGGGAUCCAGCGCCACGGCGACCAAUAAGAUCACCGUCAUAUUCAAGCCAUUUGAGGAGUGUACAGACCAGCGUGUGUACCAGGCAGUAACAGAUGACCUGCCCGCUGCCUUCGUAGACGGUACCGUGAGCAGCGGGGCCCCUGACCAUAACCUUAACGGAAAUAAUGGUGACUCUACCGGGAAGGUACAAGCGCUGUGGAUCUCGGAGCAUAGCCCCGGUCACCACGUGGAGCUGCAUGCCGACUACAUCGGCGUGACGGUUAUCGUACGGCAGCUGGGGCGCUACCUGACCCUAGCGGUGCGCAUCCCGAAGGAGAUGGCCCAUGCCUACGACGCUACGCAGGACCUGCAGCUCUGCCUGAACGGAUGUCCCACCUCGGAACGCAUCGACCGGGGGGGUCACCUGUCCCUGCCUCUCCCUCUACCACCUCCAGCCCUGGGCUUACAGCUCCAACAGCCACAUGGCCAGGGCCAGUCCUCACACACACACUCUCACACGGCUCCCUACAGCGCCCCCCAGGGGUUCAGUAUGGAGGGUGCGCGGGCACGCUGCAGGGAGCAGCUUGAGGUGCAGGAUAUUUAUUUCCACUCAUGUGUGUUUGACCUCCUGACCACCGGGGACGCUAACUUCACGGCAGCGGCGUUCAGCGCCCUGAAGGACAUGGAGAGUCUCCACCCCCAACGCGAGCGCUGGACGAUCUACCCACCCAGCUCAGCCCACACCUCUCAGCCUAUCACAUGGCUCCUACUGCUCACGCUCUGUGUGCUCGGAUAGGCACUGGUAUAGCGUGUGUGUUUGUGUAUGUGUGUGUGUUUGUGUAUGUGUGUGUUGGUAUAGAGCUCCUAGCUGAGCUGUAGGAUAAAGUUCCCUCUUGAUGCAGAUCUAAGUUCAGUUUUGAGUUUUCGCCCUAAUGGUUAUGAUUGGGGAGGGUAACCUAAGCUGAUCCUAGAUCUGUGUCUAGGAGAAACUUCUAACCAGAGCCCCUCUGGA